CCACCAAAGUUCUUGGCACAGUCAAGUGGUUCAACGUCAGAAAUGGAUAUGGCUUUAUCAACAGAAAUGAUACCAAAGAAGAUGUGUUUGUUCAUCAGACGGCGAUAAAGAAAAACAACCCAAGGAAAUAUCUGCGCAGUGUUGGUGAUGGAGAGACUGUAGAAUUUGAUGUGGUCGAGGGAGAGAAGGGUGCAGAAGCAGCCAACGUCACUGGUCCAGACGGAGUCCCUGUAGAAGGCAGCCGCUAUGCUGCAGACCGGCGCCGCUACCGACGUGGCUAUUUUGGCCGACGCCGUGGACCACCUCGAAGUGGUGGUGAGGGAGAAAUCAAGGAUGGGGUCACAGAAGGAGGACAACUUCAUCAACAAGUCCACAGGAAUCCUACGUAUCGUCCCCGCUAUCGCAGAGGGCCCCAGCGUCCACGUCCUGCCCCAGUGACUGGAGAGGCUGAAAACAAAGAGAACCAUCAUGAGGCCAAUGCUAUGAGUCAGCAGCCGCUUCGCCGAGGGUACAGGCGCCCAUACAACUACCGGCGUCGACCUCGUCCACCCAAUGCUCCAGCUCAGAAUGGGAAAGAGACAAAGGUGACUGAAACACCUGCUGAAAAUCCUGCUCCAGUGACGGAGCAGAGUGGUGCUGAGUAAAGUCCAGCUCCCCAGGCACCUUUACCAUCACUCAGGUGCCCUAAAUACAACUCAAAAAUAACACCAAAGAAACACACAAGCAAUAAAUUGUCCACAGUGAUGAUGAAAACAAAGAUUUGAAACAUCGGAACUUAAAAGGAGAAAAAAAAAUAAAUUACCAGCAGCUGAGUUCCAGGGAAUGCCUGCAAGAUAAAUGCAUGAAGAGAGAAAAAGAGAAUGAGAUUCAGAAGGAGCAACCUCCCCAGUUUCAACAGCAACUGAGUUUUUCUGGGGUUUUUGGAUUUUUUUUUUUUUUUAAAGAAUUUCACUGUUUCACUAGUAUUGAAUCUUCUAUUUUUUCUUUUGGUAUCAAACUGAAAAGGGAAAAAAACCCAACCAAAGAACUGAAACCUAAUCAAAUGCUUUUUUUUUUUUUAUUAUUGGAUGCUGGUGCUAAACCUCCCAGGUGUGAUGAGGUGUUUUUUUUUUCCUGUGCCAGUCCUGUUCACUGCAGGACAUGGGGAGGAGAAACUUUUGCUUUCCUUGGUAAGAUCCAUUUGAAACUGCAGCAUUGGUGACGUUCCUCACAAUAAAAGUG